UGUACACAAUGCCCCGCGCCCGCCGCUCCGCGCAGCGCCCGCAGCGGCCGCGCUCACUGCGCCAUAAACACGGCCAGAAAUCACCCUCUGUGAAUCACCUACCUACUGAGAGAAACCUCCCGUGGGUUUAUAGGUUUUUGUCCAGGCUCUAGCUGUGGAAAAACUCAGCAGAGAAUAAACGACAGAGAGUAAGUGCAUGCAGUGAAGGACAACAGAAGUGAACGGAUAUUUACAGCAACAUCAAAGUCCUGAAUUGUUCCCUUGGAGCUGGAUUUUCAAUAAAAGCUGCUAAGAAUUUGGGGUUUUUUUUCUGACAAGUCCAGAAUUCAUCUCUCUCAUAUUUUGCAAUGGAAGAGGGAUCCACUGAAGAGUUUCUCUUCAAAGACCAGGACUUCUCCUCUGAACUGCUGAGGCAGCUGAAUGCUCUGCGGCAGAGCAGGAUGCUGACCGAUGUUACCCUCUGCUCCGGGGACUUUGAAAUCCCCUGUCACCGAAAUGUGCUGGCUUCCAGCAGCCCAUACUUCAAGGCAAUGUUCUGUGACAACUUCAGGGAGAGUCACCAGCCUAAAGUCAUUCUAAAGGGCAUCGACGCUGAUAUUUUGGAUCAGAUUAUCCUUUAUGUUUACACUGGAGAGAUUCUAAUAUCCACUGAGAAUGUCUUGUGCCUCUUGGAGACUGCGUCCAUGCUGCAGUACAAUAAGCUGUUUGAGGCCUGCUCUACCUACCUCCAAGACAAGCUGACCCCUGACAACUGUCUGAGCAUGAUCAGACUGGCAAAAAUCUUGAACUGCCAAAGCCUGAAUAAGAAAGCCAAGGCUAUGGCUUUGAAAUAUUUUCCUCUGGUGGCCUCUUCUGAGGACCUGAAGGACCUCUGUCCCAUGGAGCUCAUCGAUUACCUUGGGGAUGAUGAACUUUGUGGGGAGGAGGAGCAGGUCUUUGAGGCACUGAUGGUCUGGAUCCGGCACGACCUCCAGGCACGACAAGGAUACAUCCAAGAGUUGUUCAAGAAGGUCCGGCUUCAGUACGUCCAUCCAACUUUCCUCUUCCAUUUCAUUGCUAAUGACUCACUCGUUCAGGCCUCACCCACUUGCAGGAGCAUCCUGGAGUCAGCCCGGAGACACAUGUUUUCCUUGUACAGCACCAACACGCCUGACAUCAAACCCAUGAUGCAUGUUCCUCGCAGGUACUCCAACCAAGAGUUCCUCAUCAUCGUUGGUGGCAGGAAGGACAGCCAGCAGACAACGAGGGAUGUCCUGCUUUAUGAUGACAAGACGAACCAAUGGCUGAGCCUGGCCAAACUUCCCAUGCGCCUCUACAAAGCCUCUGCAGUGAGUUUACACAGCAAUAUUUUUGUGCUCGGAGGGAUGCCUGUUAGCAAUAAGAAAAGUCUGGUCAGUGGUAAUAUUUACAUUUUCUCCCUCAAACUCAAUCAGUGGAGGUUGAUUGAGCACAUGCUAGUUCCACGUUACUCCCACAGAAGCCUGGCAUAUAAAAAUUAUAUUUUAUCAUUCGGUGGAAUUGGUGAAAACCAGGAAAUCCUGAAUUCUGUGGAAAGAUAUGAUAGUGUCUACAACACCUGUGAGAGCAUGGCAAACAUGCCUGUUGCCGUCCUUCACCCUGCUGUUGCUGCCAAAGAUCAGAGGGUUUACCUCUUUGGGGGAGAAGAUAUAAUGCAAAACCCUGUUCGACUUAUCCAGGUUUACCAUGUCUCCAGGAAUACGUGGUUUCGUAUGGAGACCAGAGUAGUGAAGAAUGUCUGUGCACCAGCUGUUGUGAUUGGAGACCAGAUUAUCAUCGUAGGUGGGUACACCCGGAGAAUAAUUGCUUAUGAUACAAAAGGCAACAAGUUUGUUAAAUGUGCAGACAUGAAGGACAGACGAAUGCAUCAUGGGGCCACUGUCAUCAAGAACAAGCUGUAUGUCACAGGAGGACGAUGUCUCACCUCAGACAAUGUCAUCAAGGACCUGGAUUCCUUGGACUGCUAUGAUCCAGAGACUGACACAUGGACACCAAAGGGAAAGCUGCCGCACAAACUCUUUGACCAUGGGUGCCUGACACUCCAGUGUGUCCCCUGUUCUAACCUUCUCUAAUUGACUCUUGGUACUUCUUGAGAUUUUGUGCUUUUCUUCCCAGAAAGAACCCACCUCACUCUGCAGAGAGCACAUGGGGAACCUUAAUGAGGUCACACAAGUCCUGACCUUGAAGGCAUUAGCAGCAUUAGUCCUUCCAGACCCUGUGCCAGAAAGGUCAUGAGCUUUGCUCACACUCUAUUCACCUGGCUGAUAUUGCAUUUGGUGCUGCUGAGUCCCAUCUGGAGGCCUUACCCAGCAUCUCAAGAGGAAACAGGAAAAAGAUACUGGCUAAGAACCCAGUGUUGGAUUUGUCCUUGUACAGACUUUAAAAGUGAAGGGGGAUGCUGCUAUCUCCAGGGAAAGUAAGACCUUUGCUGUCAUGCAGACUCAGCUGCCUGCCACAGCCCUGUGCUGCUCAUUGCUGACCGAGCUUUCCAUUUCCAGUGGUGGCAGUGUUUAGAAUAGGAAGCCCCAAGCUCCAGUCUUGUAGCCAGCCCAGGAGCAGCUGCUUGAGUUCAGUGUGGUAGUCAGAUCAUAAAAAAUAAAAUUUUAAUGUUCCUAUCAGCUAAUUAGAAAUUGGCAAAAGACUGAUGCUUUGAUCUGAACUCUCAUACUGCAACAAGAAGCAGAUUUGACUUUUCUGAACUAACACUCUUCCACAGUGCAGGGAAGAUUUUUGUUCCAUCUGCCUGCCCUCUGAAGAAUCAGGAGAAGACAGGAUGGAAAUUAAGAUUGUCUGCACCUUCUUUUUCAAAGGAUCUUAUUUUGCAGGGAUCUUCCUUCUCCUUUGGCAUGAGGAAUAGCAGUGGAGUUAGUUGGGAUGACUUUGGCUGAUGGAGUUCCUGAAAUGUAGAAUAGCAGAGAAGACACAUGGAGGAAAGGGGAUGUAAAAGAGAAGAGGUAUUUUGGAGGAACAAUUUCUUUUUCCCUUUCUCCUCUCUCCAAACCACUGGAAAAAAGCCCAUGAGACAGAGCCAGUGACAGGAAGCCAGCUUUCCAAGAAGAGCAAGAGUAAAUCUGCCACUUGGCAAAACAGCUCUGCUCCACCAAUAUUUUCGUGGGGUUCUGCUACUAAGUGCAUACUUUUAAAGGGAGGGUAUUAAUCAUCAGACACUGAACAGGCUGUGAACUGCCGUUAGGUCACCAGGCUUGGUAAGAUUGCUGAGAUAGCAAGGAGCUUAACAGAUUACCACUAUCCAGAAAGGCUGGCAGAAACAACACCCCAUUUACUUCAUAUUUGAAAAAAAAAGUGGAACUUUUCAAAGGGUACAGGAUGGCACAAGGAAACCAUGCUCAACCUUCCUCUUCACAAAAGACUGCACAGCCAUGUAGUCACCACCACAUUGCAGAAAACCAGCUCCAGACACGAAGAUCCCUCCCAUAAAUUGAGCAGAAGAGUGACAGAAACAGUUAACAAAGUGGAGGGCUGGAAGGAAGUAUUUAGUAUCAACUGCUGGUUUAACAAUGGAAAAUAAAAGGGCUAUUAUUGUUUGCAUGAGCUUUGUGUUCAGGAGUCCCCAUUGUUCCCUCCCUUUGUUGAUAAAGGGAAUUGUUUUUGCACCAGUGGGUAUUGCCAGGGUUUCCUUCUAAGGACCUGAGUAAACCUGUGAAAAAUGAGUGGGAACUCAAAUUCCUCUCCCAGCUCAGAAGCCUUUGGCUAGACUUCUGUUCUGUCUUUCAGUCUAUAUCAUCAUCUCCUCCCUGUGCAGAGCAGAACGAAAUCAUGGCACUUGCCAAAUUGAGCUUGAGCAGUGAUUCAUCCUGUUUCCUCACAGACCAGCUCCAGCUCUCUGGAGAAAGAAGCCUUGUCAUGGCCAAUUAUGGAAAGUCUGCCCCAGGGAGAUGUUUAUUCCUAACCCUGCAGUGCUGCCUUCCCAAACUUCAUCCUGUUGUGACCCCACUCAGCUCCAGACUCCAGGAGACGGCAGUUGCUGCCAUGCAUUUUAGCUGACACAUAUUCCUGCCAGGCUCGUGACUGUACCCAAAACUGAGGGGAAAAAAACGUUGACUUGGAACCAUAAUCCCAUGUUUGCAAACCAUUGCCUCAGUCAUAGGUUUACGCUUAGAAGCAAACAGACUUUUUUUAAUUCCCGUAUCAUAUAACUAGUGAUUUUUCUGUGUUCAUGUGGGACCAAGCAGUACCUUGCACAGCUGGGCAGGAAAUGGGGAGCGCAAAAAAGAGGCAGAGUUGUGGCAGGAUUGAACACAGCAUCUUUCCAGCAUCUCUUGGGGAGCCCUCACUUGACCCCCAGGUCCUUGGAGAUGACAAGGGCUAUGGCCAGCUCUGCUCUGGCUGCAACCUUAUGCUCCUUUCCUUCACAAACCUCUCACCUCAUGCCCACAACUCAAGGAAUUUGGGAUUGCUGGGCAGUAAAUUCAAAACCUGGUUUCUAAUAGGCUUUUGUCUUGUGGUGAAUUUUGAUGCAAACUCUGACAAAACUUUUGGGGCCCUUUGAAGAAGAGGGGGUGAAAUUAGAAAACAGUGUUGAGCUUUCCAAGACAAAUGAGGGAUAGCAAAGUUGCUCAAUCAUUUGUAGGGAGCAGCACAUGCAGCUCCAGGACGAGAUACUCAGCUCUGAGUGGGCAUGAUGGGGAAAAGGGAUGUUGCCUUUUUGAUCAGGUGCUGAGCACCACCUGGCCCUCCUAGACCAGUACCUAAUACCAUCCUCACUGCUCUGCAGUUAUAAAAGCACUCCUAGCAAGGGUUGGCCAAGGUGCCUCUUUCUCCAUUGUCAGGAGAGAACUUUUUGGAGCAGGAUCUGCAAGGUUGUCACUACCUGAUACACUUUUACGUGCUUUUUCAGAGGUCUAAUCAUCUAAAUAUUCGAGCAUUUGAGUACUCACCUAGAUGGGAAUCCCCCAUGGGAGAGCAGCAAGGUUCUUCACAAUGUAAUGAUGGCCCCAUGAAAAAGUGGGAAUUUGUUGCUCUUCAUUUAAUAACCAUGGAAGCCAUGGAAAAGAGGCUUUUUUAAAUUAUUUCUGCUUGCAACUUCUAGAAGGGUUAAGCACCUGCCACUUUUUUUUCAAAUCAGGGAGUGCUCUAAAGGUUCAUCACCUCCAAGGCCUUGUCCUCAGGUGCCCUGACACAGUCACUAGGCCGAGGAAACCAUCGGCCCACAUGGCUGAAACCAGUCUCUUCCAUGGGGCAGUGAGUUACCCAGUCCCUCAUGGUUCUUGUCCAAAACACUGAAAAUCUGCCAUGACCUGCUCUGAUCCCUCCCCAAGUAACAAACUUGAGGUGUUAUUGGCCUGAGAGCUUUUAAUACUAUCUUCUUUGUGCUGUACCUUCUGCCACAGAGAUAAAGGGCAAUCGAUUGACCCUUUUAGAUUCCAUAUAUUUUUUACAUCUCUAGAGUUUAUUAGGAUGUUUCAAAGACUGUAGACUAAACAAACCCAGCCCUUUCAAUCUUUCCUCAUAAGUCAUGUUUUCUAGACCUCUGAUCAUUUUUGUUGCUCUCCUCUGGACAAUUUUCAGUUUGUCUGUUGGUGGUUUUUUUAUUUAUUUAAGUGCAAGGCCAUGGCUCAGCCUUGUAGUGCUGAGAAGGGCAAUAAACCCUUUCUGCAUCUUACCUACAGCAUUCCUGGUCUCAGAGCCCAGAAGGAUUUUGCUUUUCACAGCAGCAGCACUGACUGGGGUUCAGCUGUCAUCCCAGUUAAGGAAUGUUUGCAAGUUUGGGCAAGGUCACAUGGAAAGUCUGCAGGACAUCCAGAAUCUCCCAGGUUUAUUCUCUAACUCCAUCUUUGCUUUGGCUCAUCAGGAUCCCAAGUCCGAACCUGUCGAAAACAAUGUCUCUCCAUGGCUUCAACAAGGGACAUGACCCUAGUUAUUGUGUUCACAGCUGGGUUCUUCACUAAUUCUAUUAAUUUUAACAGCAAAUAUUUAAGUCAUUUUUAUUUUUUUUUUUUUUUUUAGUACUAGAGGAAAAGUUUUAGGCAAAAAAAGAAAAAGAAGGGAGGAGAUUGCAUUUUCUUUUCAACUUUCUUCCCCUUGCCUUGCUGCAAACCCAGAGCUGAGUCCUGCUGCACAGGGAGCCUGUGGCAGCAACUUUGCUUUGAUCUCAGCAAAGAGUCAUAGGUUAAGCCUGUGUUUUUUCACUGUAAUCAUUUAUCAAACAAUGCAGUCGUUUCCGAGGGCAGCCUUUUUCUUCUGCAAUAAUAUGUUUAUAAUUAUAAUGCAUUUCCUGCUUCUUUCUGAUUAAACACACCUGACAAAGUAGGAAAGAUGUCAAUGCAUAAAUAAAUGGGCACACCAAGUUCAUUGCUUUGUCAGUCCUCUUUUUCCAAAUGCCAAGGAGUUCAUUGCGAGGUGAAUCCUCUAGUUGAGAAGGAAACAACUGGGUAGAGCAUAUAUGAAUAGCAUACAGGGUAAUUUAUCCCUGGCAUUGUUCCUUAGCCUGACCUGAGAGCCAUUAAUAAUUGACAGCAGCAAAAACAAUCCCUUUUUAAAAAUAUAAACAUCCAUAGUUUUUUCCAGCUGCUUGAAAGCUCCCCCAGCAGAAGUUGAAGUCAUAUUCUCCAUGGCACAAUGAGCAUGAAUUCCUCAGUGCAAGGUUGCACCUGCAAAGGAGCUGAGAUCUGGUUAUUAGUGAUCUGCUAAUGAUGUUUUCAAUGGCUAAAUUCGAUGAGUUUGCCCACAGUCCAAAUGAAGCAGAGUUCUUAUGGACAAACUUAUGUCUCAAGCUGCUGGUGCAACCAAUGUCCACAGGGCUCCUCAGGGUUUGUGUUGGAGCCCUGAGACAUUGAUCUGGCCUCUUCUGUUUAUUGUUGUUUCCAAAAUAGUAGCAGAGUAGCGAGGAGCCCAACUGCUCUGUCACUAGGCAAGUCACCCACUGGCUCCAGCUGCUGCCUGUCACUUCUCUCCCCAGAGCUCUUUGUUUGCCUGCACUUCUUUCAUGUUGCAAGAACCCUUUCCCAGAAAAGCAAGCAGCAGCACAUCUUGAGCAGCCCUGGGCCAACAGGCACAUGUCUCGUGGCUGCUUUAAACACAAGGCAUCCCCACAGCUGUUGGAGACUUUUGCCUUAAGAGUCAGGGGUGAGCCGUGAGGUAAAAUCCUGCUGGAGGUGGGAAAAGGCAGAAGAAUCUGGUCCACUUCUCAAUCUGGUCAGGAGAUGCUUGUAACAAUCCUCCUAUAUCUAACCUUCCCAGGUCUAGUUCUCUAAAGUUUGUUUCUUGACCAGGCUGUGCAUUCUGAUGAAAAAGCCAUGUCCCACCACCCCUCCCUAAAGCAGGCAUGCUGGGACAAGGAUCAAGGCAUGUCUGCUUCCUCAGAUCCCCAGUGCCACAUCUGUAAUGACAUCCCCUGAGUUUUGCCCUGGUCUUGGCACAUUGUUGAGUUUUCUCUCUGCUCUUGGAUGCCUUCCUAGGCUCUGCAGUUGCCCUGAACCAAUGUUUGGAUGUGGCAAGGACUGCCCAGAGCACCAGGAAGUGACACCAAGGACUCUCAAGUCCAAAUUUUCAGAUUGAUGGGAUGCUUCUGGUCUGAAAAAUCAGCCCAAAUCAAUCUGAGCCUUAGAGCUGAACCCUGGCACCUUUCUGUAAGACCUGAGGGACUCUAGGGGAAUGUGUUCAGCCCCAAGGAGCAGAGAACAAAUUUAAUGGAGAGUGCUGCAAUGUGAAACUUGGCUACAAAGCUGCAGUGCUGGGAAAGGGCAGUGUUUUAUCCAGAUCAGCAGCAAGCCCUGGAAUUAAUAGGCUUGAUUAAACUAUUUUGAUGUGCAUGGUAUGUGGAGAUAAGGGCCCAAUUCCCUAGGGUUUCCAGUGAAAAUCAGAUGUUAACAUAACAGUACGUGACAUUCCCUGACAGGAGUAAGGAACAGUGCUGUAAGAACAGUAAGACAAGUACAGACCAAGGGGCAAAAGAGGCACUUUUUCAGAGAGCAAAGUUACCAUGAACUUGCUGGAUCUAUUUCAAUGCUGAAAUGACGUGGACCCUGGCACCAGGCAGAUCGAAAGCAACGGAACUGUGCCUGCUUUGUGUUGUUAUGACACAUAUAUUUCCCUGAAAAUGACAUUAAAAUGUACCAGAGGCUCAAACAUUGUUCUGUUUAUCUAUUCCCUGGGUAGAAUCUUAGAGGCAGCCUGAGCACUGCAGAAUAUAACCUCUGUGAAGUCAACAUGGCCUCUGGCAUGAGGACCAUCAGCAAAUGUGAAAUGGGAAGCCAGCACGUCAGAGCAUACAUGACUAUGUCCCACAGGCUCCUGUCAGGGCUGUGUCCCUUGGAGACACACAGAGGGGUGAGCCACGGGAGGAACUCCCUGCCAUGCCCUGAGGUUUGCCAGAGAGGGAGCAGAUGGCACAGAAUGAUUCCUCCCCAUCGCAUUGACCCUGGCUUCAUCCUGUGCAGAAACAUGGGAAGGCUCCUUGUCACCCAGGCUGUGUCAACAAUGCCUCAGGGUGCUUCAGGCCACAUUUCAGCCCUGGCACUCUCUUGCAGUGGAACUUGCAGCUGAAUUAAUUCAUUAACUAAUGAAUUAAUUCACGGUAUGGACUAAUCCUUGUGUGUGCACGUAGAGCCAUGGCAUCCAACGAGAAGACUCCCAGCAACUUAGACUGAGUGCCAGCUCAAACCUUGACCAAGGAGGAAAGCAGGGAGAUCCUACGGAUGUUCUUCAAGAUGCUGUGAUAUUUAAUGGCUGAUUCAGACCUUUUUAAAUGAAGGAAGUCUUUGGGCUUGGUAGGUUCUGACUGAAGGCUUCUAGCUGAGAGAUCCUGUUUACAGCCUACAAGAGUUGUCUGCUCGUAGUAACUUGGAACAAAUGUCAGUAAAUAGAGCCUGUUUCUUCUUCCAGGGGGCUCUGGAAAUUUUUUUGGGAGAAAAGUAGCAAUACACAAUGAAAGAAGGGUUGCAGGCAAACUGAACUACAAAUGGCAGAGGAGCCAAAAGCAUGUUUGCCCUUCCAACCUUGCGCAUAUGUUUUUUAUGGCAUGAAAUGUGACAGGCACAGUUGAUCACAGAUAUCAAGCUGAGAGUCUGUUAUUUGUGAUGGCAGCAUAAAAUACACAGGCCCUCACUCCAAAGAGCUUGAGAAAAGAGAAACUGGGAGCUGAGGACACAGAUGGCCCUCAGAGCACCAUCAGCUGGACUUUCAAAGCAUCCAGCUUGUUCAUUAGGCAAGAACAACACGUUAUGCCAUAACCUGGAUAACUGAAGUAGAAGUGAAAUAAAUAAAAUAAAAUAAAAUAAAAUAAAAUAAAAUAAAAUAAAAUAAAAUAAAAUUCCA